AUGGAAGAGAUACUUACUAAGGCAAAGACUCACUUUGUAAGAUGGAUGGAACCUGAAUUGGGAGAUGCCGCAAGUGAAUCCAAUGGAUCAGAAAGUUGCUGGGUGAUGGUGCACAUGAGUGGUGAUGACUCCGACAAUGAGGAAGUUUGUGCUUACCCAGUAUGCAGAACCCAGAAGGAGGGCACGCACAAAAAAUCUGAAGUGUUUGAUGGUGUCUACCCGAUGAUGGGAAGAGACGCAUGGGAAGCAAUGAAAAAAGAACAACGUCAGAGAUAUGAGCUGUGGAGAGACAGACAAUACGCACCAGUAUCAAGGUCACAGCCUCCGAAAACUUCCAAUGAACUUCCGACACUCAGAAAAUCCAACCCAACACUUCCGCCCAAACCAACGGUGCCUGAAGGCCGUGAGUUUAAGAUAGCAAAACCUAGAAAAAUCAAUGAGUCAGGAGGACAAAGAGAAUAUACCUUUAAGAUGCGCGAAAAACUGAUGCCUGUGCCAAACAUUGAGGAAGAAGUGUGGUAUGAUGCACAGGAUGUCGUCAUCAUCAUGGAAGAUGACACACUGACAAAAAGAAAGACUAAAGAGUUAGUAAGAAAGUUGGGAAAAGAUGACACCAAGGACACACCGAAAGAAAGGACAAAGAACUUGCUGAUGGAAUCAGCGCAAAGUGAGAUCCUUGGGGUGUUUAAAGAAUUAGCCAGACUUUUGGCUGAGUCAAUUAAGCCACCAAUGAGUAGAAAGGACGUACAUUUGGUGUAUGACUCAGUGAAAAAGAAUAAGUCAGAAGCCGAAGGUUUUUGGAUCACAGGAAUUGCCAAAGCACGGAUGAAAGAAGCAUCAAUAGAAUUCCCGAUCAGAAUUCACGGGAACAGUCUGAAAGUGGUAAUAGAUACCAGAAGUCAACUAAAUAUAGUUUCAGAGCAAAUGUAUGAAAAAUUUAUAAAACUUCUGAUCAACCAGAGCAAGACACUUGUAUUACAUGACACAAAUGGCGGAAAGGGGCUGCUUAAGGGGCUCAUAUCACAAGUUCCUAUUAGUAUAGAAUCAGUUCUCACAAUAGCUGAAAUUUAUAAUUUGGGAAUAGCCAGAAUCGAGGACCGCCUCAAGAAAGAAGAUAUCACCGAUCUGCGCAGGAAGCUUCCACAAGCUUCACCUGCAUCAUCACCUUCCAUCCUCACCCUCACGCCUCCCAAUUCCCUGGCUCAUUUUAUCUCAAAGAUUGAGUCCAUUGGCGACGUCAACACCGGACUUGCGGAUGAAUGGGUCGAGUUACCCAAAGUCCAUUUUGCUAAUGGUACGAAUGCUUACACUGUCAAAGCUACUGACAAUGAAGAUGAUGACGCAGAUGUGUUGGAUGACGAUGCUCUCGCCUCAGACAAUGAGAGCAAUUCGUCAGACUGCUCCUCAUUUGCAGCUGAGGAUGAGGACAACACUACCAUCUCCAAGCACACCACUGCUAUGGAGCAGCUUGCUCAUCUCGCUCACGACCUUGCCAACCCACUCUCCCAUCGCAUCAUGCCUAAGCUUGUCCCCGCCCUUAAAUUCAGCUGCACCCUCGAAACACUCGAGGAACAGGAUGAGUCUAUGGACUUUGUCCCUUCCUUACUACCAACAAACUCCAAUAUGACCCACUACCUUUCUGUGGUGACUAUGACCGUGCACUUGUCCAGCGUGUUAUUGGAGCCUGCCAGUACUUGUCCCAUGCGAUGGUUGCGGAGGGAACAUGCAUCUUUCAAUUCUACAGAAACUUUCCAACUCGCCGACACUAUUGACGACCUCCUCACUCUUUCCCUCCCCGAUGAAGACACCAUCCACAAGCUUCUUCAGAACUACUCCCUCGACGACCUUUGUGGUACUGGUGUUAUGGCUAACACCAGCCUCAACUACUUAUUACACAUCACGGAAUCUCAGCAUGAGCUCUGCUUCAACAUGAAGCGUGAAGAUCGAAACCAGUCCGACAAACCAAUGUCACCCCAAAUGCAAAAUUUGGAAACCAUGCAACUAAGCUAUGGGCUCUAUGUGCAAGCCAGCGAUACCCUUGAAGAAUAUAAAGAUUUUGGACAAGGAAGUGCAGAAUCAUAUGACUCUGCAACCAUAGAAGAAAGUGAUGAGAAUAUGGUAACCAUAUGGACCGAUAGCAUCACAGACCAUUUUGAGCCUGGAGAUUCAAUAUGGACAAUGACCCUUGAUGGACAUGAGAAUGAAGGGAUGUUUUGGACCCCUGACAACCCUUUCAAAUACCCAUUGGCUAGCUCAGAAAAUGCCAAUUCAUUCACAAUGUAUAAGCAAGUUGACAAGAAAGUACAUCCAGUUCCAGGGGUAUUUCCCCAGGAAGCCCAGGUAGUGAGAUAA